AACUCCGGCGAGUGCCCGGCUCUAGUGGCGGUGUGUCCAGUGUACUGGGAGUGUUAGUGUCAUGUGGCUAGGUUCAUGUAAUAUGGACAUCGAAGCUCCAUUCCCGAGAUAAACGAGACUAGGUACAUGGGGCCCUGGCCACAAAUGAAAGAUGUUCGCGAGAGGACAAGAAUACUACUCGCAUUCGCCACAUUACCUAUCUAUCAUAUGAAAUCGCUGUGGCUUAUAAUGAACUGUUGUCAUUCUGAGUGCGGAAUGAAUUUGGAUCAAUAUCUUUCAAAAGUGAGAUAGAGGCAUAGCUAGCAGAGAAGAUCCAGAUAUCAAUUUCUUGGACUCCAAAAUCACCUACCAGUAUGCUCAUCCAAGCUCGCCUUGUUUAUGCUUUGGCAACUGUGGGACACGUACGGGCAAUUCAAUACCUUGGCCGGGUCAAUCCCAACACUAAAGAACUGACUUGGCCUGGCACAGGUGUAUCUUUCACCUUUUCUGGAACGACAGCAACCAUUAGCAUCAGUGCUAGCGGUGCAAACAGUGCCGACCUCAUCGUAGACGGAGCCAUAACAACAAUACUGAACGUGGCAGGGACUUCUAUAUCCACAGCGAAGCUUCCCCGAGGAAACCACACAGUCGAGCUCCGUCGAAGAUCAGAGACUCAAUACGGCACCAUAACCAUAGGCAACAUCACCACAGACGGGACGUUCAACGCCGACGUGCUCCCAAAACGCAAGAUCGAAAUCGUCGGCGACUCCAUCAGUGUCGGCUACGGCCUCGAUGGCGUGAACCCCUGCACAAACACCGCUGCAGUCGAAGACAACCCAAAGACAUUCGGUGCGCUCACAGCUAAAGCGCUCAAUGCAUCAUACAGCGUCGUCGCAUGGAGCGGCAAGGGGCUCACGCGUAACUACAUCACGGUCGAUCCAGACACAAGCCCUAUCAUGCCUCAGUACUGGACUCGCUACGGCGCGAAUGACGCAGAUAACAGCUAUACCUUUCCAUCAUCCGCGACACCCGAUGUCGUCGUGAUUAAUCUGGGCACCAACGACUUCAGCUACAUUGCAUAUGACUCUGCAGGGCAGCCGUAUAAUGCGCGUGCACUCCUGAAUGCAACGGUUUUUGCGUCGGCAAUGGUAUCUUUCGUACAGACAGUUCAGAAGAAGUACGUGAAGGCGCAUGUUUUCCUGAUGACGAGUCCGAUGCUCAGUGAUGGCUAUCCGAGCGCCGCAGAGGCACAGAAAAGUACACAGAGGAAUGCUCUUGCGGCUGCUACUGCACGGCUAGGGGGUGAGAAGGUCCAUCUAGUCGAGUGGGCUACGCAGGGCGCAGAUGUAGGGUGUGAUUAUCAUCCCAAUGCGGCUACACAUGCGGCGGGGGCAAUGGUGUUGUUACAGGCUGUGAAAGGCGUCAUGGGGUGGUAAUAAGGCACCAUGAACUGUAUAUAUGAGUGGACCCCGAUACGUGGGAUCGAAGACUUGAGUAUUGAGGGUAGUAUAGCAAAAGGACUCAUACGUCUCCUGUGUCUCCAAAUAGGACAAAGCGCAAGUCAUUGCACAUCUAGUGACCGAGACUUGCACCUCUAACCUCGCUCAGCUUAGUUGUGUACAAAAC